CCUCAUGCUUUCCUGUGUUUUCUUCGGCAAAUCUGUGCAGCCAGGGGGAUAAAAAUUCUUCGAAAAAUAAGGUUACAUUAAAUACAACCACCUACUGGUUGAUGUCUCCCGUUGGGGGGCGCUUUUGUCCCUGAAACAUCUCACCCAUCGACCCCCACGUCGAACAAUCGGAUCUUGGGAGACAAUCUGAGGACGACGACGAGGCGUUUCCAGCUGUCUAGUCUCGACCACGACACGGUCACUUCUAAAGCCCCUGUUUAUACAGAGACAGCAGACGGGACCCAGACAAAACAUGCUCCUGGGAUGACAACCAAAGCUAGGAACCAUCGUAUAUUCAGCACUUGAGGGAAACUGGAAAAUGGAAUAUCGCAAACAGUUAACGUUACAGUGGAUGACGACAAGCAAGACCUGAUACUUUUUAUUUUUUAUUUUGUGUUGGUUGUAAGAGGAAUAACAUUACAACUUUUGCCCACAACGCUGAUUCAUCUGUGGGAUUCAACCGAACGCAAGCUUCAUUUUAGCGAUAUAGAAGGAUUUAGUUAACGUUAGAUUUGAAUUUGAAAACAACUUGGUUAACUUAGCUAACACACCCAGGGGUACUUUUGAAGUAGCUAGCUAGCGUUAGGUAUCGUUAGCUAAUGUUACCGUUGGAAAGAACGCGAAAAAGAAAGUUUCCUUUUAAUCUGGCAAAUGGUCGCUUACCCUAUUUGAAAAUAGUCGUAUCUCUAGCCGCAGUUUAGUGUGAUGCCUAUCUUCCUAGACCUGGAAAUUUGGCCAUGAGGUUUUCCAGAAAGAUGACUUUUAUAUUUGAAGGCCUCUUGGACGUAUGUCAAAUCCAAAUAUCUAUGGACUUGCUAAGUUAGCUGAUGUUGGCUAAUAAGUCAGCCCGACAGAAUACGCCGUUGUUGUUCAACAUAGGUCCCAUUUGAGCCAUGCAUUCGGCAUGUGACGUUACUUGUAUUCUUCUUUAAUUGUGAAAGGUAGCAUCAUGGAUUAUGCGGGUCAUUUUCGUAUAAUCGCAGCAACUAGCUGGUAGAAACACAUCUUGCUAAGUGGUCUGCGUUAGCUAGCUAGCAAGUAACGUUACAAAGCUAUCUCGACGUUUGCACACAGUUCAGGGACCACACCGGUUUGCUUUUGGACAGUUUUCCGUUUGGAAAAGGACGAUUUAUUUCACCGCAUUGUAUUGCAACCAGCACGGAGAGAAGACAUGUUGUGUGUUAUGGCUAUGGUGGGCCGAAUAUCGAUUUUUGCCACUGGACUUUGCGCCAUGGUCCUUCUGAGUCCCGUUGCUGCGGCUCAAAGUGAGGAGAGGGAGUGUGCGUUUUCCGAGAAGCAGCAGGAUCUGGCCGGCCGGAUCGGGGUUGGAGCGGAGGGGCGUGUCUUCCUGGAGAACUCCACCAUCCGCUGCAGCCCCGGUGUCCAGUGCUACGGCCUGUGGGAAAGGAACCAGCACGGGGUCCGCCUCCUCAAGCAAGGCUGUUGGACGCACAACAGCCAGCAGCCAGACUGCGAUGACGACCGUUGCCUGGUAACGACGGCCCCGUCCCCAAUGCAGAACGGCAGCUACAGGUUCUGCUGCUGCAACCGAGACAUGUGCAACGUCAACUUCACAGAGGAUUUCCCUGAGCCCACUCCAACCACUGUCCAGUCCCUCUUAACUCGGCCACUGUACCGGGAGGAAGCUGUCGUCAUCACCCUGGCAACAGUUUCAGUGGUGGCUGUCUUCGUUGUGCUGCUCCUCUUUGGGUACCGUGUACUGAGGGGAGACCGGAAGCAUGGGCUCCAUAAUCAUAACAUGUUAGAGGCUGCAGUGUCUCAGCCCUCACUGGACCUGGACAGCCUCAAGCUAUUAGAGCUGAUAGGCCGUGGCCGGUACGGGGCGGUGUACCGCGGCUCUCUGGACGAGCGUCCUGUGGCGGUGAAGCUCUUCUCCUCGGCCAACCGGCAGCCCUUCACCAACGAGCGCGCCAUCUACCGGUUACCGAUGGAGCACGAGAACAUCACCCGCUUCCUGGAGAGCGAGGAGCGGCUGGCGGCAGACGGGAGGCCCGAGUUCCUGUUGCUACUCGAGUACUACCCCCACGGCUCUCUGUGCAGGUACCUGAGUGGGUGUGUUGUUGACUGGAUGAGCUGCUGCAGACUGGUGCUUUCAGUUACACGAGGCCUGGCCUACCUGCACACUGAGGUUGUCAAAGGAGACGUGUACAAACCAGCGAUUUCGCACAGGGACCUGAACAGCCGGAAUGUUCUGGUGAAAGGGGAUGGCACAUGUGUGAUCAGCGAUUUUGGCCUGGCCAUGAAGCUGACGGGAAACCGGCCUCUGCCACGUGGGGAGGAGGAGAACACCGCCAUCAGCGAGGUGGGUACGGUGCGGUAUAUGGCCCCUGAGGUGCUGGAGGGCGCUGUGAACCUGAGAGACUGUGAGGCGGCGCUCAAGCAGGUGGACGUCUACGCUCUGGGCCUGGUCUACUGGGAGAGCUUCAUGCGCUGCUCUGACCUCUUCCCAGGAGAGACGGUGCCUGAGUUUCAGAUGGCGUUUCAGGCAGAGGCGGGGCCCCACCCCUCGUUCGAGGACAUGCAGGUGCUGGUGAGCCGAGAGAAGCAGAGACCCAAGUUCCCCGAGGCCUGGAAGGAGAACAGUCUGGCGGUGCGGUCCCUGAAGGAGACGAUGGAGGACUGCUGGGAUCAGGACGCAGAGGCGCGCCUGACGGCCCAGUGUGCUGAGGAGCGCAUGGCCGAGCUGUUGCUCAUCUGGGACCGGGACAAAUCCGUCAGCCCCACCCUCAACCCCACCAGCACCGCCCUGCACAACCACAGGAACCUGUCUAAUGUUCGCCGGGCACCCAAAGUGGGCCCCUACUCCGACCUCUCCUCUGCCUCCUACAUCGAGGACCCCGAGGGCAGGGCCAAAACCACUCAAGGCGGCGAAGCCUCCUCCUCCGGCUCCACCUCUCAGACAGCGGGCGGAGUCGUGGUGGAGAAAAACAGGAACUGCAUCAACUACGAGCGUCAACAGCAGCAGCAGCUUCUCCAGCCGCGUCUGCCCAGCCCAGAGAGCAGCGGCGCCAGCCAGUCCACCACCACUACGGGCCUGACCCUCACGCCGAUGUCCGAGCCCCCGGUGGCGACCGCGCCUCUGCACCACCACCACCACCAUCCUACCCACUGCCCCGUCCUCACCCAGGAGGACCUGGAGACGCCUAAGCUGGACCCCAGCGAGGUGGAGCGCAACCUGCGCGAGAGCUCCGACGAGAGCCUCAUGGAGACGUCGCAGAAGCAGUUCUGCGCCCCGGACGCGCUGGCCUCCGGGUCGCACGGCCUGCUCUACCCGCUCAUCAAGAUGGCCGCCGAGGUCACGGGUGGGUCGUCAUCCUCGUCGUCGCACGGUCAUCAUCAUAAUCAUCACCACGGUGAUGCCGUGCAGAGCUCGACGGCCCAUCCGCUACCCAAGCAGCAGAACCUGCCCAAGCGCCCCAGCAGCCUCCCACUGCACGCUAAGACUUCUGGGAAGGAGUCUUCGUCAUCGUCAUCCUCGCUUCGACUGAAGUUUGGCAAGCAGGGCAAGUCCAACCUGCGGCAGGUGGAGACUGGCGUGGCCAAGGCCAACUCGGUUGUCGUGGCAGCUGAGCCUCGCCUGGUUACGGUCACCAACAACGUGCCCGCCACAGAAGCCGUUGCAGGUGGAUCGGGCAGCAGUGCCGUCGGCGCCAACGUCAGCGGGCACCAUGGGGCGGGUCUGGCGAGCUCAGAAGACCUGAGCUUCGGCCUGCUGGCCGCCAGCCCUGACGAGCAGGAGCCGUUGCUACGGCGAGAGGCGCGACCCAACAAUGCCAACAACAACAACAGCAACAACAACAACGGCGAGAGUGAGGGAGAGGGGGAGAAUGAGGGAGCGGGAGACAACGCAGACAAUGCAGUGCCCUCCGAUGCCCCAACCACCACCACCUCCGAGACGGUCCACCCUGGCAGCUCUGGAGCCCCCCAGGAGCGUGUGGAGAGCGCUGCACCACCGCAGCCCCGCAUGGAGGCCCUGCUCAGGCAGCACAGGGGGGGCCGCAGGCCGGAGAGACCCAACUCCCUGGACCUGUCGAUCACCACACUGACUUCCACAAUGGAGGGCAUGGGAAGGGACAACAAGGAAGGUUCCGGAGAAAAGAUCAAGAAGCGCGUGAAGACGCCCUACGCUCUCAAACGCUGGCGCCCCGCCACCUGGGUCAUCUCCGCAGAUGCGCUGGACGCAGAGGUCAACAACAACACGCACAGUGGCACAACCAGGGGCGGCAACCACAACACCUCGACCCAGCGACCCAAAUCCACCACCGCCAUCUACCUGGGCAGCCGCGGAGGCACAAUGACGUCGGCUUACGGCCCCGACCCCAACGACCUCUCGCGGGUCUAAACUUUGAGUAUACUACCAACUACCCCCCCACACCAAGCCCCACCAAUAUAUAAUAUGCCUGUAGAGUUUGAGACUGACCGAACUGGUUUAAAUCAGUGCUGGGGGCAUAGUAAUCGGAUAGUUAAUGGACAGCAACGCAUUGCUACAGAGCUCUGACUUGUUUUGCCAAUCAAUACUCACUGUUCAUAGUUUACCCUUAAAACCUCGAAACCUUACGUUUUUCAGCCGCGCUCAGAGGACUGGAGCAAAGGCGGGUAGGAGUGGUGGAGGGGAUGACUGGAGUCAAAUGGAAGAGUUUUAUUUGUUUAUUUGUUUUUCGUUCGUUUCCUUUAAGUGCUGGAUAUAAUAUUGUUCCUCGUUGGCCCCUGUGACAAGAUGGCUUUAAGAAAAACAAUCUCAGCUAUGCAGGAUUCCAUCAGCUCUGAGUGGUCUCCAAGUUUUUAAAAUCAGUCAUGUUGUUUUGUUUUCAUAUAAUGUGGUGUAAAGUUUUGAUUAUGUGCAUUUGAGCUUUUUUUUUAUGUUCCUUUUUUUACUUUGCACUUUCUUGAAUCAGUAUCCAUGAUGACCACCAUGAAGAAUGGUCUCUAAACUUAAAAACAAAAAUGAAUAGAAAGUAAAAAAGAUGACCUGACAAUGUUGAAUAUAAAAUCAAUGUGUUUGCCUAUAUAGGUUCUUUGGUCUGUGCUACAGAAGCUCUCUUCUACAACACUAACAGCAGUCUUAAAGGCUGACAGACUGACAAUGCUGUAUCGCUCUUUAGUUGGACUCUGAUUUUAGCGUCUCCUUUAAUGUUUCUUUUAUCUCAUUCUUUUCUGUUGAUUUUCUAUCUUACUCUUGAAGACGUGCAAUAGUCUGUAGUUUUCUUUUUACGUAAUGUUUAGCAAAAUUCUUUUUUUUUUUUUUUUUAAUUGUUGGUGAAAUUGUUUUUGUAUUAUGAUUAUUAUUAUUAUGGGCUGUCUGUGCUUGAAAUUGCAAAAAGAAAAAAGGUUGCACUUAACUGUCACACAAUCCCUACACGCAAGACCUGCCCUCCUUGUAAGUAAACUUCCCAACGGAUGACAAUCCUGCUGUUCCCCUCUCCUGGAGAGCUGUGUUAUAAAAUGAUCGGGCGGACAAAGGCACUAACAUCCCCACCUGCACCACCCUCUUGCAAUUAUUGGGGGGGUCGUGUUUUUCGGGAGCUGUUUUUUUUUCUUCUUUUUUUGUGUUCUUUUCUGUUUUUUUUUUUUUUUUUCACCCCUUUUGGUUUUAGUUGCAUGCCGUCAGGGGCUGUAGGUGGCGAAGUGCGAAAGCGCUUUUGGACUUCUUGUAUUUCAGACUCUUAACUGAAGAUGCUUAACUUCUGAUUUCUAUAUGUGUAGAGAACAAACACAAUGCUAUCAUGGGUCACGUUCCCAAAUUUCCUCACUGUCUGAACUUGCCUCGUAAUAUGUGUGUGGGGGUGUGUGUGUGUGUGUGUGUGUGUGUGUGUGUGUCGAAGAGAAGGAAUGAGAGUAUGAGGUCCUUUUUGUGUAUUCUCUUGUAUGUAUUGUAAUCUGUGUGUAUGAGCGUGUGUGUUUGUGCGCGCGUCUGUGUGCGUCUGUGUGUGUGCACGCGUCUGUGUGUGUGUGCACGUGUGCUUACACGUAUCUCUAUCUUUGUGUGUGUGUGUAAAUGAGUAAGUGUGAAAGGUAAAAAUGCAUGCGGCCCUUCCCUACAAUGGUCAGGGUUCCCCUUCUUGAAUGUAAGGAGCUUGAAAGGUCAGUCGCUCAAAGUUCAUAGGUCAAGCACACAAAACCCUGAACAGUGUCUAAAUGCACAGUGCAUGCUAAGCUACCCCCUUUCCUCACACACCUCAGCGGCAUUGUGCACUAUGCACACACAACAUAGGAUGCAAGUAGCUUGUCACAACCCUCAGUAUGUGAGUGUGUGUGUGUGUGUGUGUGUGUGUGUGUGUGUGUGUGUGUGUGUGUGU